GAGCACGACGGGAAAAUCCUUCCUCCCUCGGACAUGGCGCUCACCUGCCCGGCGGCAGCAGCCGGCUCCGGCGCCGCGGUUCGCGGGUCCGGGCGUCAGAGCAGCCCCAGCUUCAGCCGUGGGGUGGAAGGAGGCGGCGGGGGCGACGGCGACGGCGGUGGCGACGGCGGGGGCGCGGCCCGCGGGCCCGGGUGUUAGACCUGAGGGAGCCCGGGGAGCCGGCCGGGGCGCGCAGGCUGCUCCAACCCCGGGGCGCAGCCGGCAUGGUGUCCCAGGUGCUGCAGCUGCUCCGGCAGGGCGUGUGGGCCGCGCUCACUGGGGGCUGGUACCACGACCCUGAACAGAGCAAGUUCACCAACAGCUGCCACCUCUACCUGUGGCUGUUCCUGCUGCUGCUGCCCCUGGCCCUGCACCUGGCUUUUCCUCCAAAUGCGAUCCUUGUAUUUUUCUACUGCAGUUCAGUGACUAUUUUCUUCACAAUCAUCAAAUUGGUCAGUUACCGCCUACACCUCAUGUUUGAUAAAGGAGAAGUAAUUCAGCAAAAGCCCUCCAGAAAGGAAGAAAAGCCAAGUAGAGACAAGGAGGCCAAAGGUGAACACACAACAAGUCACAAAAAUCCAAGCAAUAAUAGGCAGAUUCACAAUGGCAAAAAGGAAGAGGCCAAUCGAAACCUCUCCACGCCUCCCCUCCGCUGCAGCUCCAGAGGGCAAAGCAUAACCUCUCAUCGCUCUUCUGGGCCAUUGGAGUUGUCAGCACAGGAAACCGUAGAAGAUCUCAAAGGUGUCAUUCUAUCAGAAGACCAUCCCAUAGCACCAGUGUCAUCUACCUCACCUGGUAUCAAAAUGAAAAGCUUACCUGCUUCUCAAGCACACAUGCUGGAAACCUCGCCCAAGUCAGCAAUACCCGUAAAACCAGUUGCCACAGAAACUUUCAUUAGUGUUAAAAGAAAGGAAAGAGGAAGCAAGGGGCAGCCUCCUUUGCGCCACAGAUCUGAGGGUGGCUUAGUGGAUAAGGGUCCCUUGAAGAAGUUGCCCCACCUGUCUUUGUCUCAGUAUGACUUACUAGAAACAGAUGUUUCUUUUCAGCCAUGGGGGAGUGAGAAUUCAGUCCUGAUUCUGGAACCUGUCAGUCGUCCCCAGGGCUCCAUAAGGGAACAGGUGCAAAGCACUUCACCUCAGGAUAGCCUGAGCAGCAGCUGCCCUCAGUGUGACACCGUCGUGGCCAAGCCUGUGGAGGAGCCAGUGGACACAUCCUGCCAGGUGGAUACCUCCUGCCAGGUGGAUACCUCUUGCCAGGCAGAUACUUCCUGCCAGGCAGACACUUCCUGCCAGGUGGAUUUGCCCUUGAACCAGGAAUUAGACUCCUCAGAUGGUGAAGUAGCUGUUACUCUCAUCGAUACUUCUCAACCCGGCGACCCACUGAGUCUACAUGAACCCAUUAAAAUUGUUAUCACGAUGAGCAGUACUCCAAACUCCAUGACAGAUUUGGAAAGCCCCCUCCACCUGAAGGUGGUUGGCACAGAGAAGACCUGCUUAAAGUCUGGUGCUGAGCCAACUAACCAAAGGGUAGCCAGUUCUCCAAAUGCGGAGCAGAUCUCAAUUCCCGUGAUCACCCUGGACCUGCCUGAGGACGGGGGAGGCGGUAUUCCCUGUCCCGAAGGCCAGGGUAGCAAAAGGACUCCAGAGAGACUGAAGGCAAAGGUAUCCACCAAUCAGUGUUCUGGCUACGGAUCUGGGGAGGGGGAAAGUGCCACCAAGGAUCACAGUUCUUCCUCACGGGAACCCUGGGAAUCAGCAUCCCGGCUUACACCUGAUAUAGCUUCCGAGUCUAAGGUGGGGAAAGAAGGCCAGAUUAUACUUGACCCAUCAUCUUGUAAGUCCAGCAAUGAAAAGAGACAUGCCCGGGUGCUCAGUGUGGACAGUGGGACAGAUGUCUUCUUGAGUAAAAGUUCUGCAGAAAUUAUUAAUGAUAAAGAGAAAACAAUGCCAACUUCCAAAUCUGACCUAGAGGCUAAGGAAGGACAAAUACCAAAUGAGUCCAACUUCCUGGAAUUUGUCUCCCUGUUAGAAUCCAUUAAUACUUCCAAGGUGGCGGCAUCCAAUCAAUUGAAUGGCUCAGCAGAGCCGAAUGAAGAAAGUGGGCUUCUCCGAGAUAACUGUUCCCCGGAAAAAAAGGAGGAAGUCCUGGAGAAAGAAAAGCCCAGUGGACACAAUUCUAAGCAAGGAAAACCAGACUUGCAAAGUCAAGACCAUGCUAGUACCAGCCCCAUAUGCACUCAGCCUGCCAAGACCACGGCCUUUUUCCAGGGCAAUAGACAAAGACAGAUAAUCUACAGGGUAACUUCCCAACAAGAUAGUUCUGUCUUGCAAGUCAUCAGUGGGCCUGAAACGUCCGCACAAGAAGAGAUAUCUGUGGAUGCUAUGCAUGUCUUCAUUGAUGAACAUGGGGAAAUUAGAUCCUGUUAUUUAAAAUCUGGAAAUCAGAAAGAAGGCCCUUUACAACCUCUACCAUCAAAUUAUGACUGUCUCUCUCAGGCUCGAGAAAUGCAGGUCAGCUCCUCCAGUACCACAACUUCUGAGAGUCAAGAUCCAUCUUCUGGGGACCCUGCAGUCAGUGCCCUUCAACAACAGCUGUUAUUGAUGGUGGCUCGCAGGACCCAGUCAGAAACCCCCCGGCAUGUGAGUCAGGAUCUGGAAGACUCGUCAGGUUCUUCAACACGAGGAAAAUUUAACCGAGAGCAGUUUUACAAAUUUAUCAUCUUCCCUGGGAAGUGGGUUAAAGUCUGGUACGAUCGACUGACCUUGCUGGCGUUACUUGAUCGAACUGAAGAUGUCAAGGAGAAUGUGCUGGCAAUUUUACUCAUUGUCCUGGUUUCCCUCCUUGGAUUUCUGACCUUGAGCCAAGGCUUUUGCAAAGAUAUGUGGGUGCUCCUCUUCUGCCUUGUCAUGGCCAGCUGCCAGUACUCUCUGCUAAAGAGUGUUCAGCCUGACCCUGCCUCACCAAUACACGGACACAACCAAAUCAUAACAUAUAGCAGACCAGUCUAUUUUUGUGUGCUGUGUGGCCUUAUUUUGCUUCUUGAUACAGGGGCCAAAGCCAGGCACCCUCCCAGUUACAUGGUGUAUGGCCUGAAGCUCUUCUCUCCAGUGUUCCUACAAUCAGCUAGGGACUACUUAAUUGUAUUUUUAUAUUGCUUCCCUGCUAUUUCCCUCCUUGGGCUCUUCCCGCAAAUCAACACUUUCUGCAUUUAUCUUUUGGAGCAAGUUGACAUGCUGUUUUUUGGCGGUUCUGCUGUUUCUGGGAUAACCUCAGCUGUUUACAGCGUGGCCAGGAGCAUCUUGGCUGCCGCCCUGCUUCACCCAGUCUGCUUCAGUGCAGUGAAGGGUGUGCAUGGAUAUGGGCUACAUAUGAGAGAAAAGGCUGCACCUUCACAAAAAUCAUCAAUUAAAUACCCAGCACUGGAACCGUGGAGCACGCAACACAUCCCGGCACUGUUUUCAGCCUUCUGUGGCCUCUUGGUCGCCCUUUCUUACCAUCUGAGCCGGCAGAGCAGUGACCCAUCUGUGCUCAUGUCCUUCAUGCAAUGCAGACUGUUUCCUAAAUUUUUACAUCAAAAUCGGGAAGAGUCAUCUGCUGACCCUCUCCCCAAGAAGAUGAAAGAUUCAGUGAUGGAUGUCUUAAAAUGGGAUCUCAUUGUCUGCGCAGUGGUUGCUGUCCUCUCAUUUGCAGUCAGCGCCAGCACUGUAUUCCUGUCAUUGCGACCAUUUCUCAGCAUCGUGCUGUUUGCCUUGGCUGGCGCCGUGGGGUUUGUAACACAUUACCUGCUCCCUCAGCUCCGCAAGCAUCAUCCCUGGAUGUGGAUUUCACACCCCAUUCUCAAAAACAAAGAGUAUCAUCAACGGGAACUGAGAGAUGUCGCCCAUUUAAUGUGGUUCGAAAGACUCUAUGUUUGGCUUCAGUGUUUUGAAAAAUAUAUCUUGUACCCAGCGCUAAUUUUGAAUGCCCUCACUAUUGAUGCAUUUUCAAUAAGCAAUCACCGGAGACUUGGUACCCACUGGGACAUCUUUCUGAUGAUCACUGCUGGCAUGAAGCUAUUACGGACGUCAUUCUGCAACCCAGGUUACCAGUUUAUUAACUUGAGCUUCACUGUCAUCUUUUUCCACUUUGACUACAAAGAUAUUUCAGAGAGCUUCUUACUGGAUUUCUUCAUGGUGUCCAUUUUAUUUAGCAAGCUCGAGGAUCUGCUUCACAAGUUACAGUUCGUCCUGACAUACGUGGCUCCUUGGCAGAUGGCUUGGGGUUCUUCGUUUCACGUGUUUGCUCAGCUCUUUGCCAUUCCUCAUUCUGCCAUACUUUUCUUCCAGACGGUCGCCACAUCCAUCUUUUCUACCCCACUGAGUCCAUUUCUUGGGAGUGUCAUUUUCAUCACAUCCUAUGUCAGGCCAGUGAAAUUCUGGGAGAAAAACUACAACACAAGGCGAGUGGAUAAUUCCAACACAAGACUGGCAGUCCAGAUUGAAAGGGAUCCAGGGAAUGAUGACAACAACCUCAAUUCCAUUUUUUAUGAACACUUGACAAGGACCCUCCAGGAGUCCCUCUGUGGAGACUUAGUUCUUGGUCGUUGGGGCAACUACAGCUCUGGCGAUUGCUUUAUUUUGGCUUCAGAUGACCUCAAUGCCUUUGUUCACCUGAUUGAAAUUGGAAAUGGUCUUGUCACCUUUCAACUUCGAGGACUAGAAUUCAGAGGAACCUACUGCCAGCAGAGAGAGGUGGAAGCCAUCAUGGAGGGCGACGAGGAGGACAGAGGCUGCUGCUUCUGCAAACCGGGCCACUUGCCCCACCUGCUGUCCUGUAACGCCGCCUUUCACCUCCGCUGGCUCACCUGGGAAAUCACGCGGACCCAGUACAUCCUAGAGGGCUACAGCAUCCUGCACAACAACGCGGCCACCAUGCUGCAAGUGUUUGACCUCCGAAGGGUCCUCAUCCGCUACUACAUCAAGAGUAUAAUAUACUAUAUGGUAACAUCUCCCAAACUCCUCUCCUGGAUCAAAAAUGAAUCACUUCUGAAGUCCCUGCAGCCCUUUGCCAAGUGGCAUUACAUUGAGCGUGACCUUGCAAUAUUCAACAUUAACACUGAUGAUGACUACGUCCCGUGUCUCCAGGGGAUCACACGAGCUAGCUUCUGCAACGUUUAUCUAGAAUGGAUUCAACACUGUGCUCGGAAGAGACAAGAGCCUUCAAAGAGCCUGGACAGUGACGAGGACUCUCCCUUGGUGACUCUGUCCUUCGCCCUGUGCACCCUGGGGAGGAGAGCUCUGGGGACCGCCGCUCACAAUAUGGCCAUCAGGACUUUGUCUUGCAGCCUGGAUUCUUUCCUAUAUGGCCUCCAUGCCCUCUUCAAAGGUGACUUCAGAGUAACAGCACGUGAUGAGUGGGUAUUUGCUGACAUGGACCUACUGCAUAAAGUUGUUGCUCCAGCUAUCAGGAUGUCCCUGAAACUUCACCAGGACCAGUUCACUUGCCCCGACGAGUAUGAAGACCCAGUGGUCCUCUACGAGGCCAUCCAGUCCUUUGAGAAGAAGGUGGUCAUCUGCCACGAGGGUGACCCGGCCUGGCGGGGUGCAGUGCUGUCCAACAAGGAGGAGCUCCUCACCCUGCGGCAUGUGGUAGAUGAGGGCGCCGAUGAGUACAAGGUCCUCAUGCUCCACAGAAGCUUCCUGAGCUUCAAGGUGAUCAAGGUUAACAAAGAAUGUGUCCGAGGACUUUGGGCCGGGCAGCAGCAGGAGCUCAUAUUCCUUCGUAACCGCAAUCCAGAGCGUGGCAGCAUCCAGAACAAUAAGCAGGUCCUGCGGAAUCUGAUUAACUCUUCCUGCGAUCAGCCUUUGGGGUACCCUAUGUAUGUCUCCCCAUUAACCACAUCCUACCUAGGGACCCACAGGCAGCUGAAGAACGUCUGGGGUGGACCCAUCACUUUGGACAGAAUUAGGACCUGGUUCUGGACCAAGUGGGUAAGAAUGCGGAAGGAUUGCAAUGCCCGCCAGCACAGUGGCGGCAACAUUGAAGAUGUGGAUGGAGGAGGGGUCCCGACGACAGGUGGCAACAAUGCCCCGGGUGGUGGCAGCCAGGAGAGCAGCGCAGAACAUCCCAGAAAAAGUGGCUUCCAGCACGGGGUGUCAUCCUGUGAAGGGACACAGAGAACAGGUAGGAGGAAAGGCAGGAGCCAGUCUGUGCAGGCCCACUCAGUGCUAAGCCAAAGGCCGCCCAUGCUGAGCUCAUCUGGCCCUAACUUAGAGAGCCGCCAGCCAUUCCUCCAGACGUCCACCUCUGUGCACGAGCUGGCCCAGAGGCUCUCGGGCAGCCGGCUCUCCCUGCACACCUCGGCCACGUCCCUGCACUCUCAGCCCCCACCCGUCACCACCACAGGUCACCUGAGCGUCCGCGAGCGGGCCGAGGCCCUCAUCAGGUCCAGCCUGGGCUCCUCCACCAGCUCCACCCUGAGCUUCCUCUUCGGCAAGAGGAGCUUUUCCAGCGCACUCGUCAUUUCUGGACUCUCUGCUGCGGAGGGGGGCAAUACCAGUGACACCCAGUCAUCCAGCAGCGUCAAUAUCGUGAUGGGCCCCUCGGCCAGGGCUGCCAGCCAGGCCACUCGGCACCUCUCCGAGCCGUGUGAGCCCAACGACACCACUGAGCAGGGGCAGGUUCGUGACCCACGUCUGGCUGAGGCUGUGGCGGAGACUCUCAGGGUGGUCUGCAGGAGAGCAAGCCAGGAGGACAUGGGCCUGGACGACACAGCCUCCCAGCAAAGUGCGUCAGACGAGCAGUGACAGGCGCACAGCUGGCAGGGGGGAGGGGGGAGGUCGACGCCCCCACAGCUUCCACCUGUGCUGCUCUCCCCAAAUCACAACCACCCAACACUGCGAUCCAUGAGGGGCUCCUCCUGUGGAAAAGGAGAACUGUUCCAAAACACAGAACUUACCUCAGGUUUUUGAAUAAAAAACAAAAACACAACUCACAUAAUGGGGAAACAACGAAGAAGCCAAACUGAAGCUCCUCCCCGAGGCAUGGCGCCGCCCAGAGCAACACACCGUGGACGGCACCACACACGCUCCAGAAUCUGCAAUCUCAAACAAAAGCCAUUUACUAUCUUAAAACAACUAGAGUAAACAGAGCCAGGAAAUGAAUGCCCUGAAGAAAAUAAGACAACUGCAUGCUGUAUCAUUGGCACUUUAUACAUUACUGUUACCGUGAAAAAGGAAUGAACGGCAGCACAUCUGACGCCAUCAGCUAGGCAGAUGCAUUAGGCUUAAAUCUAAGUGUCAAGAAAACCCUAUUUCUUUAUCAUAUUUAUGCAGCUGUUAAGCAUAAUAUGGUGGCAGUUUCACAAGAACCGUGAUCAUGCAUGCAGUCAUGUCUCAAGUAUUCUGUGAAAAGCCAGGAUACGUUUGGAUGUGAGUUUAGAAAUCAAGUCCAUUUGGUGCAUGGAAAGCCACCUGAGUCACACGACGCUCCUCACUGUAGUCUAAGCGAUUUGUGGGCUGCCAGCGCCCUGUGGGCUUCACAGGGACAAGUGCUUGUUCUCCAAGCCCCGCAACCCACUGUCACAGAACACUAGUGCACACCUUUGUUUUUGAAAUUAAAAUGUUUAUAGUUA